GCCACGCAGGUUUCGGCCGUGGAGUAGCCGCUGGAACCCCCUGUCCUUGGCCAAAAGUGGCCGAAAUCCCAAAAAUGUCUUCGUCUGUUUGCCGAAAGACCCCGCAAGAUCCCGUGCGUUUUGGCCGAAAAUUCCUAGUCAAGAUCAAAAAAAUUUCGUCCGCCAGAGGCCUUUUGGGGCAAAUUUCGUUCCGAACGAAGGAAGAUACGAGCGCUGGGUAUGGCUGUGUGCAAAUUGUUUGACAUGGCCAGGUUGCGAUAUGCGACAUGUGACAUAGCAACAUACGACAUACCGACAUACCCUCGCCCGCAUUUGCAUAGCUACGCGUCCUGGAGCUCAUUCAAGUAAUAUCUCCCAGCUUUGCGGCGGAGCAUUGCGCUAGCAUAGCCACAAGCUCCUCCCACUGGCCGCACCCUACGCCACGCCACUACCACCGUGGCAACCGUGACACGUUUUGUUGUGUGCCACGGCGUUCCACGGUUACCAGAGGGACAUAGCCGCUUAGCCGAGCCGCUUAGCCGAGCGCCCGCGCGAACACCUGUGGGCGAUAAAGCUUUCACGCGCAAGGACAUAGAGCUGCUGCUACAAAUGGACUCCCUGCACUGUUCAUGCUUUUACCAGUUUUGAGCACAGCCUCUGUUGGAUCUAGCAUUUUCAUAACCAAACGCUGACAGCUGCAGUUCUCAUACUGCCUCAUGCUAGCCAUAAUGCAAACGAAGCAUGUGAAAAUGCAGCGCCCAUCUGCCUAUAAUGCAAGGGUCGUUGAGGGCAUUUCCUCGCUGUUUGGCCAAGAAGCGCAUGCAGACUGUCGGAUUGUGUUUUGCUUAGAACAUGCUGAAAAGGAAGUAAAUAAGGCCCAGGCCAGUACCUCGGGGCGCAAGCGCGAACGCGAGGACGAUGUUGACAACUCGACUGUUGGCGAGCCGCUUCCCGCGCACUCGUUCGUGCUGCGCUUUGCCAGCGACAAACUAGCGGCACAGCUGGAGUGGCCGACCAAGACGGCAAAUGGCGCCAAUGAACAGGAGCGGCCAGCAGCAAAGAAGGCAAAGGGCAAGGGGCGGAAGGCGGCGGCCAAGCCCUGUGCUGCGGAGGAGCAGCAGCGGCCGUCGCCGCCUGUUGUGGAGGUGUGGCUAGGCAGCGAGGCGGAGCUGCCCGCGGCCCGUGCCGCUCUCCAGUUCGCCUACACGGGCCGCGUGGAGGCGGGUGACAUUCGCGAGGCGCUGCAGGUGCGGCGGCAGGCGGCCUACCUGCAGAUGGAGGGCUGCGUGGAGGCGUGCGCGGCGGCGGUGCGGGAGAAGCUGACAGCGGCGGGGGCGGAGGCGGUACCAGCGGCGGGAGCAGCUGCGGCUAGCGCUACGGCGCCAGCCGCAGCAGCAGCAGAGGCCGUACUCGAGCUGUACCGCUGCACAGACGUGUGGCCUGACCCCGCGGACGACGCCGCAUUUGCAGCACUGCUGACGGAGGCCAAGCGGCGGCUGGUGGCGCACUUUGGCGAUGCGUUGGCGGUGCUAAACGACCAGACCCUGUAUGACCAGAUGCGGGCUCUGCCGGCUGUGGGCCUGGAGGCUCUGCUUGAGAGCGACGACUUCGGCACCGACAGCGAGAGCAGCGUGGUGCUGCUCCUGGCGGAGUGGAUGGAAGCCGCCGACAACUUCAGUCGCACUGAUGCGGCGGCGCGGCGGCGGCUGUGCGGGCUGCUGCGACUGGCGCAGUGCAGCAAGACCUAUCUCGCCUGGGUGCUGCCCAUGCUGGCCGCGCGCCACGCCAGGAAACCCGACGACGCGGCAGGCUGGUUCGCCGUCAGCCCGGUGGCGGUGACAUGCGUCAGCAACUUCGCCGCGGCGACGGAGGAGGAAACGCAAGCGCUCACUGCCUCCGGUCACCUGGUUCUACUGCUGCAGCCGCAUGCAGACACGUGGUUGAGUACAAAACGCCGGCGCCAGUGCCUGCCCGCCGCCGGGCGGACCUUCGACUUCAACAUUAGCCUGACGGCCUUGGAGCAGCAUGAGCAGGAGCAAAAGCUCGCCAGCAUGGCGCCGGGAUCAGCCUGUUUGAUUACUAGUGUUGUGCCAGGGGCACCCACAAGCGGCCGCGUUGUCGCUUUGGGCCUCGAUUGGAGUGGAGUCCUGCAGCGGAAGAAGGGCCAGGACGCCGCGGCAGGCUGCUUCGCAAUCGUCAACAUGCCGCGGGUCCUGCUGUUGCCCGGGCUGGACGAGGUAUUAGUCAUGUCCGCCGCGGUCACCGCAUUCCCCCGGAUGCGCCUAACAGUGUACCGUGGCAGCGCUGCCCGCGGCGGGCAGAGGGAGAAGGCCUGGGAGGGUGAUCCGGGCGGUGCCUUGAGCAUGGGCAUGGGGCGGGGGCACGAGCGCUGCCUGCCGCUGCGCCCUGUCUCCGCCUCGGCGCAGCAGUCGGGUGGGGCAGUUGCGGCCCGGUGGGCUGCGUACCUGUACGGCGGCCAAAUUAGAUGUGCCCUGACGCUGCUUCCGCCCUGACACAGCUUGACGAACGGCGGGCGCCGGUCAGGGUGUGGGUAGGAUGAUGGGGCGGGCGGAGCGCCAGGAACGAUGUGUGCCAAGCGUUUGUUGUGUUGUGAUGUGGCGGAUGUACGGUAUAAUGUAUGCUACUUUGGCAUGUGCUUAUUGGAACAUGCUGUCCGUAUUGGUACUUCUAUAAACGUGAGCGUUGUGCUUUUGGCAGUUCUUAGAGUGGUCGGGGCGGCCAGAUGCCGUUGGGGCAGCCAGAUGCGGCAGAAACUUUGUCUGUGAUCGCUGCAUCUAUGCUGUUACCUUGCGUACCGUAUUAUAUGGGAUGAGCGUUGGUGUAUCUAGGCUGUCAGAAAUCAUAUGCAGCGCCUACAAAGGAUUGAGGGAGCGCAGUUUGAGAGCGUAACCCCAGACCCCAACAAUCAAAUUUGCAACAUUUUGCAACGUCAACGCACGAAUGUGGGCGCGGCGGGUGCGGCGGUUAUGGCGGUGAGCAAAGACCAUUGUGAGUUUCAGCCGUGUGGAUGUUGGUACCCUGGGGUGUAUCGAAGUUUCUCUUCCCCGGCAUGUGUGGUGAUAUCACGCCCCGGAAGGGAGUGCGAUGGCCGAUUGGAUAGGCUAACGGGCAGGUUGGCGUAGUCCGAUGGCUAAUAUAGCAGAGUCCCGAGGAACAAAAUACACCCAGCCCCAAUGAAACAUGGCAAAACGUCGCCCCCGCGCAAAUGAUUACCCGCCCGGUCCCGUUACCAGUACCGCGUGAGUGCGUGACCAUAAUCCAGAAUGCUGCUGCGGAAUGCUGACGGGCCCCGGAAAGGAGGCCCUGCAGAAGGCCCUCAGGACAUCUAGGGACCUUCUGUUCCUUCCCAACGACAGGUUUCCCGGCAAUUCCAGCUUACAAGUUAUACGGUUCUUUUAGUGCUGAGGUGCUAUGUACGGUAUGUGUACAUGUAAUGCCGUAUCCUG